UCAGCAGUGUUAGUGAGCAGCGGACGCUUCCUCACGCCUCACGCACCCCCGCCCUCUGCCGCGGCCGCGUAUCGAUCCCGUGUAGCGUGACAUCUUCCCAUGCCUCAGGUCACCAGUUGCCUGUUGCCGGUACCGGGUCAGGUCACAGUGCCAUGAGAGGUCAGAUUGGUAGUGAUUUUUUCAUAUGACCAGUGCACACCCGCGCCACGCUGUGUGCCCCGCGGCCUGCCCAGCCCCGCCCCUCCUACCCGCCGUGUGGGUGUUGACCUUGCGCUGAGUACUGACCUUGUGCGUGGGCCGUGACAGUGAGGUGGAGUGCCCCCUCCCCCACAUGGUAACUGGUGCCAUUGAUCUGCCGGGCAGGAGGCAGCAGCAGCAGCAGCAGCAGCAGCAGUUGUAAACUGAAGCAGUGGUGUCAAACUCGCCAGUGGCAGUGGUGUCCCGCCGCGCCGAGGACUCGCUGCUUGAUGCUGGUCACCAACGCACGGUCGCACUUUGAUGACCAUAAAUAACAGCCGCUGUACAUUUCCGGCCGUGGAUAUUCUUGACUUGAGGUGUGCGUGAGUGGGGGAGGGAAGGUAGACGGUGUGUGGGUGUGACGGCUCCCGAGUAAAGGUGUAGUGUGUGUUGCGAGGCGGUGUCGCGGGUGUGGUGCGGGUGUACUGUAUAGGUAGUGUGGUGAGGGGACAGCGGACGCCGUGCAUUCUCACCCGCCAGUGUCACCAUCUGGUCACCACAAUACAUGAUCAAUAGUUCUUGUGUGAGUGCCACCACACACUGCAGGAGGAGGCGUGGACAGCUUGGUAGGAGCAGCGCCGAGGAGCACCAGCAGAGUGGCAGCCGCGGUGUCGGCAGCAGAUGGUGGUGGCCCUCCUGGUGACAUUAAAGUGAUAGUAGUUGAAGAACCAGGAGCAAGAGACAGCGAGCACAGGGGACAGCGGCACCACCGUCACCAUACAGCAGGCUUUCUUUAGUACUCGCCUCCACCACCCCACCCCCCUCCUAUCGAGGCCCUCACGACCCUCACCAUGGCCCUCCAACACCCGCCACCCCCCGUCCCCCGCCGCCCUGACUGUCAAGUGCCCGCCAGGAAAGAGUAAUAACUUAUCCACGCCCGCUCCCACGCCCGCACCCACGCCUACCCACCUACAGUCGCCACCACCUCCAAUACCACCGACACCAUGCCGUCUUCGCCUCAGCGGCAGCAGCAGCAGCAGAAGCAGAAGCAGGACGCCCACGGCAGCCAGGACGCACGGAGGAAGCGUCGGUGUGGCUGCCAUCUGAACAGCCUCGGCAGCCUGGGUUACUGCGUGGUGGUGCUGGGACUCACUACCUACGUGAUCGCCACCGAAGCGCAGCAGUUCCUCAAGUACCUGAACCUCCCAUGGCCCCGCCACAGCCUCCCCAACCUCGAACUCAACGUCCAUAUCGGUUUGGUCGGAGCGGCAGCCGUAUUGCUCUUCUUCUUCUUCGGAGCAGCGGUAUUCAAGAUCGGGAACUUCGCUAACGACGGCUACAGACUCGGAGUGCAAGAUGGAGCAUGUUCCCGCGACGCCCCACCGCUUCCUGGCCCGGCUGGCGGCUUGGUAAGGGGCGCCUGGCUGCACGGAGGUCCCACGGCGCCCUUCCUCCAUCUGCUGGUCGCCCACUUGCUCAUCGUGGCUAGACUUGUGAUUGAGGCGGCAGCAAUCAAGGCCACCUUUCUGUCCGAGGGCACGGUGUGGUGGUCAGAGUUGUCCCGCGUGCUUCCUCAGCGGGAACGUCUGUCCAUCUUCAAUCUCCUGGCCACCUACGCAGGCACUCCCACGCCCGCCACCCCAGGUCCUGUGGCCAUGAGGUACGAGGCGUCCACGUCGGUGACCUUCCAGGCAAUGGACAUCACCACCCGCAGGGACGGCGAGGGCGGGGCGGACGGGGAGGAGGGUGUGGAGGAGGAGGACAUGUGGCACAUCGGAGAGAUCCCGUGGGGGCCCUUCUCGCCACACUUCUUUAACUACCUGCUGGCACACCUGGUCUACGCCGGCAGGUACGCCGGCGUGUUCUGGGGCACCAACAAGGCUCUCGGUCUGGUUUUCUUCUUCCAGCUGAUCCUGAACGCGGCGCAAAGUAUCUUUUCCAUCAACGGAUUUCAGGUUCUUUACAAGGUUCACGUGGUGGGCGCCGAGCACGUGCUGCCAGUGUUUGAGGGCUUCCUGCUGCCCCUCCCCGCCUGCGUCGCCGUCUUCACCGCCUCCCAGGUCAUGGUUCUCGCCUCUGGUUCCAUCAUUUACCUCUACGGCUUCGUCAAGUUUAAUUCUUUCCUGAGCGCAGAGAAGGAGAAAUAUCACAUCCUCAGCAAGCACGGCCACCAGACGCCUUGGAGCUACUGGCCUCACUGCUGGGCUCUGACGGUGCUCGUAGCGAUGACUGCAGCCGCCUCCCCGCUGGUGUAUGACUGGACUGUCGUGUAUCGUUCCUCCCUGGAUACUUCGGUCCUCGCUGCCACUAUAGCCACCAUCGCUCAUCUCUUUCUGUGGAUUCUCUUGUGGCUUGCUCUCACUCUGAAGUCCCGUUGGCACUUCAAGCUUCGAGUGCAGAUCUCUAAGACCAUCGUCACCAGCACGCACUCCAUCCGCCUGGUGAACGAGGUGCAGCUCUCUCGCCAGAUCGAAGACACGGAAGGCCCAGUGAUGGUGAUCGGUGCCGGCAAGACGUAUCUGCUGCAGGAGGGAAGUCCUAAACGAUCCCUCAUGAAGCUCGUAAUGCACACCGUCACUCAGAAGAAGGCCCGCGGGGAGGAGGAGGAGAUCUACUGGCUGCGCCCUAAGCCCCCCCAAGGUAGUUCGGGAUCCUGGCACAAGAGGAAGCAGUCCCCGGGCGUCAAACACAAGGUUACUUUCAACGAUACGCCCUCCACCUCCAGGAAACGAGACUCCGGGCGCGGCCAGUGUCCCGACGUGCUGGGCGACCUCACCGAGUCUGAAACUUCUGACAGCGACGGUGACUACGCGAGGCUGCGAGACGUGUCCUUCCCGGGGCCCACCAGGAAGCUGUCCAACAAGGUGAACGCGGCCCGGCAGAUUAUUUAUGUCUUACAGGAAGAGCAGGCUGAGGAAACUAACGCAGGAGGUCAGGCUGAAGUAUCCCAACCAGAGCCAGAGUCUUUGUCAGUGGGCGGAGACUUCCCAGCCCCGCCCCCCGAACUCACUGACCCCGCCCAUUAUCCACCCCCACCCUCCACGCCGCCACCACCCCUCCCGGCACCCCCCGAGGCCUGCAGUCCUCCUCCCGGCCCGCCAGCAGUCCCCCAACAUGCUCCACAGAUGCUUCAGCAGCAGCAGCAGCACCACCACCAACAACAACAACAGCAACAGCAACACAUAACCCAGGCGUCGCAGCAGCAGCAUCACAUCCAGCAGCAGCAUCACAUGCACCAACAGCACCAGCAGGUCCAACACCAGCUGCAGCAACAACAGCAGCAACAACAAAUGCAGCAACAUCUCCAACAACAACAACAUAUGCAGCAACAGCAACAACAACAGCAAAUGCAGCAACAACAACAAUUACAGCAGCAACAACAACACCAUCUCCACAGCCAGCACCAUCAGCACCCACAGCAGCCUCCCCAAGUACCACAGCACAUGACUCAGCCUCACUUACAGCAGCAACACCUCGCACAGCCUCACCCUCAGAUCCACGUGCUGCGGGGCACCUCUCAGGAGAGCAGCCCCGGCCGCAGCGGAGAGUCAAAUCUGGCGGUGGGUGAGGUGCCGCGUUGCUCGGACUCCUCCUCCACCGCCUCCUCCGUCAGCCCCCCGGACAAGCGCUGUGACUCUGGUAUCCACUCGCAGGCAUCCUACUCCUCCUCCUCCGCCUCUCACUCCAAGUCGGGCUCCUCUGGGUCGGAAAGCUGCGUGCCCAUCCCACCGGCGGGGCCACCCCGCUGCUCCAGCGUAGAUGACCUGUGCCGGACCCAGCCCCCGCCGCCGCCCCCGGAACCUACUGUGAAGAGCCUAUCCUUGCAAAGGGACACCGUGCCACCCACUGGCAAGGAGGCUCCUCCGGGAAAGGCGGGACGACUGAACAUUGAGGUGGUGGGCGGAGGCUACGGUUUCUUGCCACCCUCUAAGUUCGUGGCGUCCGAGCCGGUCUACAGCGACGCCUCCACGCCAGUGGUCAUCAAGAGACGAAGCUCCGUCACCGCCGUGGAACCCGACACGCCUCCCUACGAGCGCUCGGGCUCCUCCUUCAGCACCUUCACGGAGCCCCAGCUGCCUCGGGCGGUGCUGAAGGGCAACCCGUAUCCAGCCGCCAAGUCACAAACGGUUGCGGCUCACGGCCUGCGCGCCCGGCGGCUGCCAGCAGCCGACGCCAAGCACGCCACCAUCGCUGGGGUAGUGCCCCCCAAGGGCUUCCAUCAGCCGGGCCACAUCGACUCGCGCUACUUCUCUGUGCCCGCCGUCAAGCCGCCAGGUACCCGUGUGCACCCGGCGCCCACUCCCACCCUCUCCUAUCGCACCCCCUCCCUCCACUAACUCUCACGCCCGUACGGGAGUGAUGGCGUAAAGCAGUGACUCGUAGACAGCACUCUUAUCACCAGCUGACAGAAGAACCACGAAACCAAAGACCGCUGCAGGCUUGCCACCAGCUGACAGGAGAACCGAAGGAGGACUUCUCGCCGGUCAGUGCACAGAAGUCCCACUCACCGGCGCACCAGGGCAAAGAUGACUCACUAGGUAGCUGCUAACGAUAAGGCUUGUGAGAGGUACAUAUCGCGUGGCCCAACACAUCGCUGAACGUCACACCGCAGUGAUAGUUUCCCUUCCUAACGGCAGGUUAAUUUUUCAAGGCUUGAGAUUCCCGAUGUCAUGGACCCAGAACCCAGUAGAGCUUCGUGUGGCCCAGCCGAGGCGCUGAUGUCAGAGUGUGAGUGUUGUGUGUGCGAGGCUCCCUACCGCCUCGCAUUGCUGAAAGACUUAUGUACCCGCCUCUUGGAAAUCGUCAUAUUGCCUUAUGGUGUUGGGUUGCUAACCUAGAUUUAUGGCAAGUCAAUGUGAUGUACCAGUGAAGUGUAUUUCGUACUGAUAUAGAUGACAGUUUACGAUGUACGGAGGGCACAAAUUAAUGUAACACUUAUUUAGUUUAUUAUUACAAUUUAAGGCAACUGUGAAUGCUUCAUUUUGUAUGUUAAUAUUAAUUCAUGAUACAAGAAUAAUCCCAGUGUAGCUACACUAUAUACCGCUGAGUUUUCUCUCAUAUGUUAAGACACUUCUGGUCUGAGCGGCAGACAGUGGCGGUGACGCCGCAGCAGGGGAUGGCGCCGCUGCUCCUGGCCGGACUCUUGACGCACAUAAGGGGAAAUAAAACGGUAAAGAAUUGUGUUAAUUUUGCAUAUCAGCUCAAUAUAUCGUACUGGCUGUAGCCUCGCGCUGCUGCUCGUCUUGUAAUCCACCAGCCUUUAUCAGUGUAGAUAAUUAUGUCUUGUAUCUUCUUUUAUCUCUUCAUUCCUUCAGCGAAGAGCAGCAGCAGCAGCAGCAGCAGCAGUAGCAGGAGCAGGGCCGUGGUGGUGGUGGCGCGCCCCACCUUGGCUCCUGUGGGGUGCAAGAAUGCCCUAGUCUUGCCCCGGGCAAAAGCAGUGUCAGCCUCUGGUGACUUUUCUAUCAAGUGUAAAGUUUAUAUUGUUUUAUUAAUUUAUAGUCUAGUUGAUAAUUGUUCUGUAAGGUUAUCAAAAAAAAAGAAAGAUUUGCGCGUUAGGAGAACUUGUACAUAAUACCACUACCAAAGAUUUCAUACAGUGUACAUAGUUACAACGAUAUGUAGAGCAACGCGUGCCCUCCCUCCCUCUCCCCUCCCGCGUGAAUGGUGCUCUCUGGAGAUGUCUGAAUCAAAAAUUUGUUAUUGAUCGUCUCUAGUUGAUGUACUUGAAUAAUACUUGUCCUGCGCCCGUGUGAGUGUGUGCGUGGGGAGGAAAGGACCAUCACCAGAUUAGUCACAUUCCGCGAUUCUUUGGUUUCCAUUGUUUUCCCUCAUCAUCACUGUCAUUUGUUCCCUAUAUUCCUAAAUCACAUUUUUUUUUCUGACGAUUUUACUCCCACAAUCAUUUACGUUUUCCCAUUUUUUUCAACUACAGCAACUAGUUAUUUCUUGACUAAAAACUUGAUAUAUCUUAAUGGUCCAUCCAUAAUCAGAAAGUGUUUUCUUUCCGAACUCUGCAUUACAUCCUUCACAUCUACAAGAUAUACAUACUCUCCCAUACUAGAGAAAGCACUCGCACGGUAACAUACUGUAUAAAGCUUUGUCCUAUACCGUGAGUCCUUAGCGUGUGGCGAACUCAGAAUAUACCACAGAAUCGAUUAUAUUUCCCAAUCAUUCGUCUGUGGUAGCCUGGCAUCGAUAUAUUCAAGAUUCAUGCCUUCAUCCCCGCCGCCGCUGACCCGCCAUAGCUCUCCAUAACAUGCCAUGAAGUAGACAAAGGACUGUAUUCAGAAACACUUCCAGCCGCACCUACACUAUUUUUAAAACUCUAAUUGAAGGUUCAUGGAUUUUUAAGGGUGUUUUUUUUUUUUUUUUUUAAUAUAUAAAAAAAAUUGUUUCUAAAGAAGAAACAGUUUUGGGAACCAGGCUAAUCAUCUCUGCAGGCUUUGGAAAUAGUCGUGAUGAGAGCAAAGUGUUCUAAAUACGCGCCAUUGUCUCACCUCCACUCCCUCCCCUUCACGUAUCGUAUUCGUCAUAUUGUCAUGUCAUGGACGAAGUUGAUAAGUGCUGAUAUGUAACGUACGUGAGAGGUAUUAUUCAGGUACAGUUUGUGACGGCUUGGAACGCUUCUUAUUUUUCUUUUUCUUUUUUUAUUUAACGAACAGCAAAUGCAAAGAAAGAAGACAAAUUGUUUAUAAGGAUAUUCAAGUCUAUCUUUAAACUAUAUAUAUUAUUGGAUAAGUUUAUAUAUAUAAAAAAGUGAUAUAUAUAUGUAUGGCUAUAUAGGUAAUACUACACACCUCGAUACGUACAAGAGCAGCGUGGUGACGUGAUGCCGGGGACCCGCCGUGGCCAGACCAUCCCGGCGCUGACCUGCACACCUGAAGGCGGGAUCCGAGACACGAGUGAGGACCGUGUGCGUGAAGUUCUCAUCGAUGCACAGACGGUGAUUUUUUAUUGGAUUUUUCAUGAGGCAAAUUCCGUUAGAGGUUUAUACGAGUGUUGGUAUUACCCUCAGAUUCAAGUAUGUUAUUUUAUAUAUUCAUGUAACGGCUGUUAAUCUGCAUUUAUAUAAGUCAUUCUAUAUUGUAUCGACUUUUUUUUUCUUCCAACUCCAAAGCGCCUCCCGAUAUCUGAUCAGUGCCAGACAGACGUGCAGUGUGAUCUAGUGAUUUUUAUACAGAUUAAUUGUAUCAUAAUGGAAGAUGUACUGGAAGACACAUUCGCAAUAUACUCAAGCCAACAACUGCCACUCGGCCACACGUACACGAGGAAGAAAGCUAGGUGUUCCCGACAACCCUCACACUACAUCACCGUAACUAGCGUAGCGUGUCAGGUGAUGUUCGCACCUGCACGCGUGUAUAUAGAACGUUUCCAGGACUGCAUUCAGGCGUACCUGCAUCACCUAAUGUAUGCUGAAGGAUGCAGAUAUUUUGUAUGUACUUUAUACAUAACUAUAUGUUCGUAGGGUGAGGAAAGUGGAAUGUAUGGCUAUUCUGUAUUCUCUCCCUCAGCGGUAAGAGUGAAGUGUGAGAAGGACAGUCAGCCUCGCACCCUUCUCCCUCCCAUGCCGGGGCUCGAGUGUACGGCUUCCCAUGCCCAGCCUCAGAGAAUUACGUUUACUUUUUUCUUAAUUCUUUUUUAAAGCCGUCUUGUCCUGAGCAUCCUCGCCGCGGUCGCUCUUGUUCUCGUUUACUUAUGCAAAUGUAUGGACAUGAGAUCCCAUCAGGCAAAUCUAAAUUUUCUUCUUUUAACAUUUGAUGAGUAAUAGGUACCUUAGUACAUAUAGAAUACAGAGAUCAAAGAAUCAGAGCAAUAUAAAAUUCCAUUCGUCCUCCUGUGCAUUGGUGAAGAAAUUCAAAUGUUAUGUUUGCUUUGUUUGGAUGCCACACUCUCAGUGCUGAGGUGCGAGGGUGAAGGGUGAGGAGAGGCGGCCAGGGAGUGUGACAGUGCCAGCAGCAACGACAGGUCAACAAGCCCACACUCACCACUACCGCAUUAGCUGCUGGAAGGCUGAGUCAGUUUAAUAUCCAUGACGAAACGGUUUGCGAUCGGUGGAAGACUGGAAACUCUUGUCACCAACCACCAGUCUCGUGCCGCAAAGAACACGUCAGAAGUUGAUGACUGCGCUAUGUAGUCGGACCAGGACCGGAUAUUGAGACAGAGGUCCAUUCGUCUGUAUGUAACUGAGCCUCGCCUCCAGUGCUGAUGACCAGAAGCCAACACAACUUGAUUUUUAUCUCUUUGUCAUCCAGGAACUGAAGUUUCCCCACGUUUGAAAUAUUUAACUCUGUGUACACUCCUAGUUGUACUAUAUCAUGUGCUGUACAUGAAUGUACUUCUCGUAGCUUAGAUGUCAAAAGUACAGUAUUACCAAUGUCUGUGAACCCUGCCUUUGGAAACAUGUCACUGACUCGGGUACAGAAUCCUCCUUGGAGUAUCUGUGUAUAAAAGGUAACUAAAUUAUCGGUCAUAAUUCACAACCCAACGAGGCAUCCAAUGGCAGGCCUAAGCUAAAAAAAAAAAUAUUCAAACGACCAGCAUUGAUUUUAUUAGUCUAAUUAACAUUUAAUAUGCUUUUCACUUUUCUACUUAUUAAUGAUGCGUUUUUUGGUACACUAUGAAAAGUGAUUUACAUUUUUAUACCCAUAAUAAUUAAAGAUGUGGAUCGAGGGCCCUCAUGCGUGGAGGACUGACCCAAGGCCUCUGGACCCCACACACUGCCGCGCCUCACCAAGGCCUUGGCCUCACCCACCGACCACUCCCCACCAGCCUCUAACACUGCCCACUUUCUCUCCUCCUGUGUUCACUUGACAUCUUACAACAAAACUCAAAAGGGAAUAGCAAGUCACAUUUCCAAGAACAGUUCAAAGUCAACGGGUCCCCUGGGUGGGCCGAGGUACAGGCUGGUGGUGAUGUGCCUGCCCAGCGCCUCCAUCUCAGUGUUGUGAAGUUCAACCCUUGGUUAGUCUUCUGAUCGGAGAAUGAGUGCCUGUUCAACCUCACAGCAAUGUAUGUAUAUCACUUAAGGAUAAAAAUUAUAAAAAAAAAAUAACAGAUAUGUAGGCCAUUGUAUUUGUGAACCGGUUUGAUUGACUUAGUUGUUGUAUUGUCAUGAAUGGUUAUGAUUUUACGGAUAUUUAUGUACAAAUAAUUUAAGUUUUUAUGUGGCGAGGUGGUGCUAUGUGUGUGUGGCGAUGUAUUAUAUGAAGCCAAUAAAAUGUGAGGUCUC